CAUCCUUCGCCUCCCCCACAAAAGCCGGGGAAAUAUGGCCGGAAACCAGUGAAUGACGGCGGAUUCUUUGUUACUCUUCACCUCCUCCCCAGGCCGAGGUAAGUUGCUACCUUCCAAUCGGCUAUUGGCAAGUUUGGCUCUGUCGGCACUUUCCGUGCUCUGUGAGCGAAUCAUUCACUCACUCUAGCGUGGAGGGGUUACCCUGGUUUGUUCGAGAUGGGUUUCGCUGUAAACCCUACGCGUGCCACCCCUGCACAUCUGGUCUAUUACUAUCUCCUGUGAGCAGUACUUAUACUGCUGGCCCUGCACACCGGUGAUCUUUUCCCUCUUCCACCGGUCAGCCCCUACCACUGAACUUUUUUUCACUCAUUGCGUUUGAAACAUCCAGCCAUGUCGCGCUCAAAUAGCGAGAAGGCGGUUCCCAGCAUCGACAAGAUCGAGGAUGUCAACCAGCCUGCUCUGAACGAUGUGGACUAUGACGAGGAUUACUCGUACCCCGAGCAGCGCAAGAUCAUUCAUCGCAUUGACCGUCGCCUGGUGACUAUGACUGGUCUGGCGUACUGCGUGUCGCUCAUGGACCGAACCAACCUCAGUAUGGCCGCAGUGGCUGGAAUGACCGAGGACCUGCAAUUGUACAUUGGCCAGCGUUAUUCUAUCAUCGUGCUCAUCUUCUUCGUGCCUUAUGUCAUCUUUCAGCCCCCUAUGACCGUGAUCACCCGUAAGAUGGGUCCGACCUUCUUCCUGGGGUCCAUUGUUGUCUCUUGGGGCGCAAUUCUGAUCGGCAUGGGUUUCACAAAGAAUUGGGAGCAAAUGGUUGGAUGUCGUGUGCUACUCGGCCUCCUGGAAGCAGGUUACUUUCCCGGCUGUGUGUAUCUUCUCUCGAGUUGGUACACUCGCUUCGACGUGCAAAAACGAUUCUCGGUCUUCUAUCUCAUCGGCUGCGUUGCAUCCGCCUUUGCCGGUAUCCUAGCCUUCGGUUUGAUGCAGAUGAAAGGGAUCCAAGGUCUUGAGGGCUGGCGCUGGAUCUUCAUCAUGGAGGGAGUGAUCACCGGUAUCAUCGGAAUCUUGACCCUGAUCUUCCUGGUCGAUUUCCCCGACAGGGCCCACAAAUCCUGGAGGUUCCUCAGCCAGAGGGAAAGCUCCUUCAUUGUGCGACGCAUCAACCGGGACCGAUCCGAUGCCGACGAGGAGCCCUUCAACCUCAAGCGCUUCCUCAGUCCUGCCUUGGACAUGAAGAUCUGGGGAUUCGCCAUGAUUUUCUUCUGCUCGACCACCGUCACCUACGCCAUCGCGUACUUCCUCCCCAUCAUCCUGCAGCAAGGCAUGGGUUACGACGUCGGCGCCGCCCAAUGCCUCGUGGCACCCCCCUUCGCUCUCGCCGGUCUAGUCAUGUACGCCACCGCCUGGGUCGGCGAUCGGUACCGCGUGCGUGGCGCCAUCGUGGUCUUCAACGCGUGUCUCUGCAUCAUCGGCCUUCCGAUCAUGGGAUUCGCCAAGGGCAACGCCGCCCGCUACGUGGGAGUCUUCUUCAGCGUGGCCGGAUCCAACUCCAACGUUCCGGCCGUGAUGGCGUACCAGGCGAACAACGUGCGUGGGCAGUGGACUCGCGCGCUGUCCAGCGCGACGCUGGUGGGAUUCGGCGGCAUCGGCGGCAUCGUUAGUAGUUUGGUUUUCCGGACGCAGGACGCGCCGAACUAUCGACCGGGCAUGUGGACGACGAUUGCGUGUAACUUGUUGAUCCUGGUGAUCGUGGGUGUGAUGAGUCUGUGGUUCCGGCAUUCCAACAAGCAGGCGGAUGAGGGCAAGAGGGUGAUCGAGCAAGAUCCAAACUUCCGAUACACUUUGUGAUCGUGACGAUACGAUGCAAUGAUGAGAUGCAAGCAGGGCUUUACCCGGAUGACCCUAGAUUAUUCUAACUUCCAAAUAAACCAGAAAGAAACCUAGGUAAUGAACAAUCCACCACCAACCGCUUCAUCCACCUCCUCUAUCUAACCCCGUAGAAAGAUAAGCCUACCUCUCCAUCAACCCCCUCACCCUCUCCCUAACCCCAUUUCCAUCCUCCCCACCAACACCAACCCAAUCAUCCCAACAAACGCUCAGCACCACCGAAUC